AUGGGGACUGCCACAGGAAGGGACAAUGGGAUGAACCCCACAGGGCGAGAAGGGGCAGCCUGCGAGAGAUGGGAGGGGUCUGAGGCCCAGAAGGCAAGCAGGCCGGCCGGGACCGCGAGUGCCUGGCGGAGCAGGCGCAGCCCAGGACUCCCGGCUCCCACCUCCGGCUGUAGUCCAGGGCCAAGGCUUGUGUUCAAUCGUGUGAAUGGCCGGCGGGCCCCCUCCACGUCCCCAUCCCUCGAGGGGACCCAGGAGACCUACACACUGGCCCACGAGGAGAAUGUCCGCUUUGUGUCCGAAGCCUGGCAGCAGGUGCAGCAGCAGCUGGAUGGUGGCCCAGCCGGUGAGGGCAGGCCAAGGCCUGUGCAGUACGUGGAGAGGACCCCCAAUCCCCGGCUGCAGAACUUCGUGCCCAUUGACCUGGACGAGUGGUGGGCACAACAGUUCCUGGCGAGAAUCACCAGCUGUUCCUAGUGGCUGCUGGGAGAGGGCGCUGCUGCACAGCCGACCUGUGGCCAGGAGAGAAGCAUGAUGCCCCACCCACCCACUGCGCCUGGCUGGGUGCCGGCCACACCUGAAGUGCCAGCAUUUGGACUUUUGCACCUGUUGUUCCCUUGGCCCGGCUGUCCCAACCAAGCUGCCAUGGCCAGGGGCCGAACCCAUCUGACCUCAGCCCUGCUCACUGUGCCCAGGGAGCAGCGACCGGCCCCUGGGGCUGGUGGGGAGGAGCUCCAGGCUAAUAAAGUCGAGAAACUG